AUGAACCAACUCUUCGCUCAAUGGGACUCUAUUCAAGAAGCCAUCAAUGAUGUGAGAUCCGAUCAAACCCCAACCAAUUGGAUGGUUUGUGGUUAUGUCAAUGGUGGAAUCAAAGAAUUAGAGCUUAAAGGAAAGGGAGAAGGAGGCGUCAAUGAAAUGCGUGAGCAAUUUAAAGCCAACAAUGGUUACUACGGAUUGGCUCGUAUUGAAGAAAUGAUUGAUUCCUCUCUCACCAUUAAAUUUGCAUUUGUAAAAUUUGUUGGAAAUGAAAUGAAACCCAUGUUACGUGCUGGUAUUACUCCACAAGUUGGAGAAAUCACCACUCGUUUCAAACCCUAUCACGUCGAUAUGUACAUUACUGAAGUAGAUGAAAUUUCACAAGACAUUGUUGAAGAUUUAGUUGGAAAGGCAUCCAUGUCACGUACCAAAGUGAUGGAAAAACAUGAAGGAGAAAAGAUUCAACGAGACAAUGAAGAGAGACAAGCAAGAAGAAAUGUUUCUUCUUCAGGAUUGAGUCCUACAGCCACCAGUAGUAGUGCCACCACUACCACCACUACAUCAACUGCCACAACAACAACAAGCUCACCAAAACCAGUGAGAUCUCAAAGUACAAUUCCUCGCUCCCCUGCUACUCAAAGCUCUUCUCCAAGCGCUGGAGGUGAACUUGAAUUUGAAAACUUGGAAGAAAUUCAACAAGCCAUUCGUGAUGUGAGAUCGGAUCAAACAGAUACCAAUUGGAUGGCAGUCACCUAUGUUCCAAACUCAAAGACCAAGAUGCAUCUAUUGGGAUCUGGAAAUGGUGGUGUUGAAGAAAUGAAAUCUCAAUGGAGUUCGAAUGGAGUUUAUUUCGGAUUGGUUCGUGUGACUGAAAUUAUUGAUGAAUCAGAGACUGUGAAAUUUGUGUUGGUUCACAUGUUAGGAGAUUCCACACCAAUGAUGUUGAAAGCUCGUGUUUCUACUCAUAAGGGACAAGUGGAGGCCUUGUUGCAACCUUAUCACGUGACCUUAUUUGCAACCAAUGUGGAUGAAAUUACACAAGAUGAAAUUUCUACUCUUGUUGCAAAGGCCUCUCAAUCCUACAAGUGGGAAAUUAAAAAGUAA